AUGGCUGCCCACGAUCUCUCCUCCCCUCUUCUCGCCUCUACUACUCCGCCGCCGCCGCAUCUCAUCCUCACUGUUGACGGCGACGACGAUUCCAAAUCCCGUCAACCCACCGCUAACCACCAGAACGGCGGCCGGGCCCACUCAAAUACCAAUCACCACAUUACCCCUCGCUCCAACUCCACUACUCACCGAAACCCUUUCGAAUUCGUCGGCUCCGAUGAUUCCUUCUCGGUCCCCCCGCCCUGCACCAUCGAUCCCUUCCGCAACGGAACUCCCCGCAUCGACGGACUCUACGAGGUUCUGAAGAUUCUGCUGCUGCUCCCGAUCGUGGUAAUCAGAUUGGUGCUCUUUGGACUCUGUUUGGGGGUGGGCUACAUAGCUACUAAAUUGGCGAUUUUGGGAUGGAAAGACAAGCACAACCCUAUGCCCAGAUGGCGUUCUCGCCUCAUGUGGGUCACUAGGUUUACCGCCCGUGGCAUUCUCUUCUCUUUUGGCUACCAGUGGAUACGAAGGAAAGGAAAGCCGGCUCCCAGAGGAAUUGCUCCGAUCGUUGUAUCAAACCACGUUUCUUACAUCGACCCCAUUUUCUAUUUCUAUGAGAUGUGCCCUACCAUUGUUGCUUCCGAGUCGCAUGAUGCUUUGCCUUUUGUUGGAACUAUCAUCAGAGCUAUGCAGGUUAUAUAUGUUGAUAGAUUCUCACAACCGUCAAGGAAGAAUGCUGUCAAUGAGAUAAAGAGAAAGGGAUGUUGCGAUAGAUUUCCUCGAGUGCUGUUGUUUCCUGAAGGAACCACUUCCAAUGGAAGAAGCCUUCUUUCAUUUCAACUUGGAGCAUUUAUCCCUAAUUACGCAAUCCAACCAGUGGUUGUGCGCUAUCCACACGUUCAUUUUGACCAAUCUUGGGGGAAUAUUUCCUUGGCAAUGCUCAUGUUUAGAAUGUUUUCCCAGUUUCACAAUUUCCUUGAGGUGGAGUAUCUACCAAUAGUUUCUCCCCUUGAUAAUUGCAAAGAAAACCCUGCACAUUUUGCCAAGAGAACAAGUAAUGCUAUGGCAUCUACUCUCAAUGUUGUACAAACAUGCCAUUCCUAUGGGGAUGUGAUGCUUUUCAUGAGAGCGGCUGAGUCUGGCCAGGAGAAGCCUUCAAAUUUUAUGGUUGAAAUGGCAAAGGUGGAAUCGUUAUUCCACAUACGCAGUUUGGAAGCUAUGGACUUUCUAGAAAAGUUUCUUUCUAUGAAUCCAGACUCCAGUGGCCGUGUUAGAGUCCAUGACUUUUUGAGGGUUCUUAAACUGAGGCCUUGCACUCUCUCAGAAGAGGUUUUUGCGUUCCUUGAUGUGGAAAAGAGUGGAUCAAUUACAUUCAAACAGUUCUUAUAUGGAUCAUUGCACGUCAUGAAACAACCACAAUUCCGCAGUAUGUGUGAACUGGCAUUUAGUGAAUGUGAUAUUCUUGAAGAACAUGAAAUCUCGCAACACGAGUUUGGAGAUGUCAUUCGACUUGGAAUCCCAGAUUUGGAUGAAGCCGAGGUUCAUGAAUUGUUCAAGUUGUUUGACGUGGAGGGGAAAGGGAGGGUGAGCAAGGAUAACUUCACCUCCUGCUUGAGAAAGAACCCGUUGCUUAUAGCUCUUUUCUCGGCAUGUUUGUCUCACAGAGAUGCAGUGGAUGAUGAUGAUAACUCAAUGGUGGAGGAGAUAGUGUGA